GUUAUUAUUGUUUGAAAAAAUACAAUAAUUUUUUUACUAUAAAUGUCCAUUCUUGUUUGGCAAUGUUUUAUCAUUAAUUAUUUAUAUUGUUCCUCUAUCCUAUUAAAUCACAGAAUAACAUUGCAUUGAACACACAAACUCAUUUUUAGUGUAUACCUGAUGUCUUGGGGUCAUGUUUUCACCAAUAGGCAUAUAAUACAGGAGUUAGAAGAUGUAGUUACUCAUAAAACAAGUGUCUCCGUAUUUGUAGCAUUAUUCUAUUUGGAGAUGCUUUAUAUUCUCUUAAUGACUCUUUCCAUCUUAAACAGACUUAACCAGAACUUAUCUUGGUAAAGAGAGCAUAAAAAUGAAUAAAAUAAUGUUGGAAACACUUAUAUUGGAUAAAAUACCAGGAAAGGAGAAUAUUUGUGUUAAACCUAUGCAACAAAUGUAUGACCAUCAAAUUGAUGGUGUAAGAUUCCUAUUUAAAAAAUGGAAAAACAAGUCACAAAUAAAACCAUACUGUGUACUGAGUUUUCCUCCUGAACAGGGCAAGUCUGUUACAGUCUUAUUAUUUCUUUAUGCUGUAAGAACACAUCUCUCUUAUCCAAUUCUGAUUCUUUGCAAAGAUGAUGAAGAAGUGCUUAAGUGGAUGUUGAAUUUUAAAAAAUGGACAGGUUAUAGAGAAGAUGACAUUGCUAUAGACCCUAACAAAGCACUGAUAAAUAAACUUAUAUUUAUAAAAAAAUAUUCUGAUGUUUCAAAAUUAGGGCCUUUUUUAAGGCGAAGCUGGAGUAUUGUUGUAAUUAAAACUGAUAAUUGUGUCUCUCUCCCACUAUUUCAUUAUGUAGAAUUCACAAUAUGGUUAACAUCUUCUGAUCUUACCAAAAAUGUAAGUUUAUUAAAAAGUAUGCACAACUGGAUUAUGCCAAAGGUUGAAUUUGAGAUGCACACAGAAAUUUUACCAAAAUGGAAAAAUGAAAUAUUAAAGCAUUCAAUGCUGGAAAGUUUUGUACUAAUAAGGACUCCUACCUCAUUGAACUGUCAGGAUAACGUAUCAUCACUUGUAUCAGCUACAGAACGUAAAAGACUUAAAAAUAAAGACGCAACGGGACAUAAGAUUAAACGCACAAAAAAUGCUACCAACGAUAAUGUAACACAUGAAAAAAUGGAUGUUGAAACAUUUAUUAGAAAUGAAAAGCCUUUACGAUCACAACUUGAAGAAAUUGAUUUCGAUAUUGAAGAUAAUACCAAUGUAACAAAUAGGGUGGAAGUGUUACAAAAUAAUGUAAUGCAUGCAGAAAUUAUGGAAAGUGCCUUACAUGAAAGCCUCAGAGGAACUAUUGACGUUAAUGAAAGUGGUCAUCCUGACGAUGAAAUACAUAAAAAUGCAACAGACUGUGAUCAAAAUAGCAACUGUGAAGUAGAUAUUGAAUACAGUCGUGAUAUUCUGAAAGCAAACAGUGAAAUGUCUACUGAAAGCAAUAUAAGUGAUAUUAAAAAUGAUGAACUAAUUAAUGAUUUAGUAGCAGCAACUAAUGAUCCUAUUAAAGAGUCCACUAAAAAUACUACAGAAUGUGAAGCAAUGGAAAAAAAUCAAGAUGUAUUUAUAGUUCCGGAUGAAAGAGGAAAGUCUGAAGCAGUUAAUGAUAUUCUUCAAGAAAAUUGUGAAAUAUCUGAAAGUAAUACAAGUGACGUCAAACAUGAAAAAUCCAGUGAAUUAGAAGCAAAUGUUGCCUGUACAAAAAAUAAAUCUUUUACUUAUGAUUCCGAUCUAGAUACUAAGCUUAAUGAAAUGCAAGAAAAGGCAAUGAAAAAGUUCAAAGGAUCAUUCCUAGAUAGUAUAUUUUAAUUUGUCAUCUAAAAAGUUGUACAUAAAUUUGUGAUUUUUUGUGCAAUAUAUAUAUUUAUAUUUCCAUAGUAUAUAAGUCUAGUUCUCAAUGUAGGUAUAAUUUCUUUUAUAUUUAUUAUAAAUUAUAAUAAACGUGUAUAUUGUUA